UGAGGGGUGCAGUCCAGGUUGGUUGGGGGAGGAUGGAGCUGGCAAUAAAUUUUCUUUUAAGAACACUUUUACAGUAUUUCAUGUUAUUAAAGUACAAGACUGCUAAUGUCACAAAACAAAACAAAAGCAUCCGUGACAGAUGGCCAUCCAACCUCUGCUUAAAAACUUCCAAGGAAGGAGAGUCCACCACCUCCAAGGGAGACAGUUACACAGUCGGACAGCUUCAAGUCAGAAGGUUUUUCUGUAUGUUGAGUCGGAAUCUCCCUUCUUGUAACUUUGAGCCUUUGGUUUGAGUCCUACCCUCCUGAGCAGGAGAAAACAAGCCUUAAUAAUAAUAAUAAAUGGAAUAAAAGUAACUUAAUUUAAACAAGUUUAAUAUAAAUGAUCAGCAUCAUCCUGCUAGAGUUACACACUUUUAAUUUUCAUUUAUUUUACCGGGUGGGUGGGUGUCUGCUAGACGAGACCACAGGCAAAUCUAGUUUAACCAAUCCCACCACCAGAUGACUCAGGGAAGCCUGCAAACAAGGGACUUGUGAAUAUUUGCAAAUUUUGUUUUUGAUCAUUUCCUUGGUGAAUUUAAUCAAAUGGCAUUUGCCGCACCCACAACCCUCUGGGUUUGUUUAUUUCAUCCCUUUCCUCCGCCUGCUUGCUUAUACUGUAUAUCUUCCUACAAUCCUCCUGAAAGACUCUGCGGGAACCUCCACGCAUUUUUACGUGGUUUUGCAUGAGAUAAUACCGGUAAGCCGCAGCUCCCAUCAGACGCAGCUCUUCAGCUUGGCUCUCUAAGGGUUAAGAAAAACGAGCUGCUGCUCCCAGAGAGGCCCAGGAAGAUGAAAGGGUAGAGCGUGUCAGUUUGAGGAAAGGGGGCGAGUUCCUUCCUGUUUGAAUUGCCUCCACCGGAGGAUGAAUGGAGGAAAGAGCGGAGCAAAGGAAAGCGGCUUGCGAUGCAGAGGGGAGGGUGAGAGAGCCCUUUCCGCUAUUCUGGAAUGUCUACGUAGCUAAACGUUAGCCAAGAAGAAGCCCUGAUUCAUCUUUGCAGCCUGCUGAAUGACACCCAUCCACCUUUACAUGGCAAACUGGAUCUAAGAACCAAGACAGAGCCAGAGGCUGAAUAUUUGUUGUAACGUUCAGCGAGGAAGCGAGAAGUUCCCUGGGAUAAAGAGGGAGACUGAACUCGGAUGAGGCCAUUCUGGGCCCGAGACAAGAUGGCCGUCAGGGAAGGGACACAGUCUGGCUUUGGCCUGCGGUUCCACGCAGAGCUUGAGCAAGGAGUCCCCCAGCAGAUCAAAAUGGAGGACGAGGAUACCUCGGAUUCCACCUCAGGGGAAGGGUUGGAAGAAGCCCCUUACAUCAUCCAGGCCGGAAGCAUCCGCGAAUUCCUGCAGAGGCCUCCCGGAGACCAGGAAACUGGCAAUGGGCUGCUUCAGUGUUGGGAAACCCAGUGGCAGGACUUUCUGAAGACCCUGGAAUACCCUCGCUUGGAAUGGGAGACACCACAGAUCCUCGAGGAACCCACCCCGUGGGACAACACCAAGUCUUUCCUGGCCUCCUUUGAGCAAGUGGCAGAAGCGUGCCGGUGGCCCCGAGAGGACUGGAUGGCCCAUCUUCUGCCAGCCCUCAGCGGGGAAGCCGAGCAGAUCUUCACCAACCUGGACACCAGAGACAGGAUUGACUAUGACAAGGUCAAGGCGGCCAUCUUGCGUGGGGAUGCCAUCAUCAGGGAGAGGCAGCGCCAGAACUUCCGCCGGUUCUGCUACCAGGAGGCCGAGGGGCCAAGAGGCGUUUACGGGCAGCUCCAGCAGCUGUGCGGUCAGUGGCUGAAGGUGGAGAGGAGCUCGAAGGAGCAGAUCCUGGAGCUGCUGAUCCUGGAGCAGUUCCUGGCCAUCCUGCCGCUGGAGAUGCAAAGCUGGGUCGGGGAACACGGGCCGGAGACCUGCUCCCAGGCGGUGGCCCUGGCUGAGGACUUCCUUCAGAGGGCUUAUGCUGGAGAGAGUUGGGAAGAGCAGGAGUUGGGACCAAUUGAGGAGGUCGCUCUGGAUUUCUCUGAGGAAGACGAGACCCCACUGAAUGGGGAGCGGAAGCGUGGUUACACAGAGGCCAAUAGGGAGGAUGAUGACAGCGAUGCCACCUCACUAGGUGAAGAUUGGGCGAGUGCCAAUGAGACGGAGACACCCCGUUCGGAAGAAUUUUAUCAAGCAUACCCAAACGGGACUCGGACGGGAAGGAGAGCAGAAAGCAAGGCUUCCUGUUUCCGUGAGCAGGAAGAGCACCACCCUGAGAGGAAAGAGGAAAAUGGCCCACCACAGAGAGCAGAAACAUGUGUGAUUUGGGAGGGUGACGAGCCCCUUGAGGGAAGCAGGGAAGCACAGGGGAUCCACAUGCCAAAGAAGAAGGGCAUGUUCAAGGUUGAUGGAUUGAGCUUCAGGCAGAGAACAGACCCUAUUAAAUGUGAGGAAUCCAACACAGUGGAGCAGCCCUACAAAUGCUCUGAUGGUGGGAAAAGCUUCAAGGUGAUCUCUCACUCCAUUUCUGGUAAAAGAAGACAUGGGGAAAGGAAGCAACACAGGUGCCCGGACUGUGGGAAAUCCUUCAUUGCCAAAGCACACCUUAUCAUUCAUCAGAGAACCCACACUGGAGAGAGGCCGUUCAAGUGCCUGGUCUGUGGGAAGACUUUUGCCCAGAGUUCCAACCUCAGUGUCCAUCAGAGAAGCCACACAGGAGUGAAGCCGUUCCAGUGCUCUGACUGUGGGAAAAACUUCUGUUCCAACACCAGCCUUACCAAACACCAGAGCACCCACGUGAAGGGGGCCCCAUAUAAAUGUUUAGUGUGUGGGAAGAGCUUCAAGGUGCACUCUCACUUUAUCACCCACAAAAGAAUCCAUGAGAGAGGGAAAUCGCACACAUGCUCAUACUGUGGGAAGAGCUUCCUUGCUGCAUCACACCUCAUAAUUCAUCAGCGAAUUCAUACUGGAGAGAGACCCUAUAAAUGUGUGGAAUGUGGGAAAUCCUUUAGUCAGAAGGCUCACCUUAAGGUCCACCAACGAACGCACAAAAGAGGAAAAUCGUUCCAGUGUUCUGAGUGUGGAGAAAGCUUCAGUUCCAGGAUCAGCCUUAUCCAACAUCAAAUAAUCCACCCUGGAGUGAGCCCCUAUAAAUGCUCUGAAUGUGGGAAAACCUUCAGGGUGAAUUCCCACCUUAUUGCUCACAAGAGGAACCAUGUAGCCAAGAAACCCCAUAAAUGUGCAUACUGUGGGAAAUCCUUCUUUACCAAAUCGUAUCUUAUCAUUCAUCAGAGAAUCCACACAGGAGAGAGACCGUUCAAAUGCUUGGCCUGCGGGAAAGGUUUUAGCCAGAGUUCGCACCUUAAUGUUCAUAAACGAACCCACAUUGGGGUGAAGACAUUCCAGUGCUCUGACUGUGGGAAAAGUUUCAGUUCGAGCACAAACCUUAUUAAGCAUCAGAGCAUCCACACAAGAGGAAACCUCUAUAUAUGCUCUGACUGUGGGAAAAGCUUCAAAGUCCAUUCCCACCUUAUUGCUCACAAGAGAAUCCACACAGCCAAGAAACCCCACAAGUGUUCGUACUGCGGGAAGUCCUUCUUUGCCAAAUCGUACCUCAUGACCCACCAGAGAAUCCACACAGGAGAGAGGCCAUACAAAUGUUUGGCCUGUGGAAAAAGCUUCACACAGAGCUCCCACCUUACCGCUCAUCAAAGGACUCACGAAGGAAAAAAGUCAUUCCGUUGCUCAGUCUGUGGGAAAAGCUUCAGGGUCAGCUCUCACCUUAUUGCACACAAGAGGAUUCAUGAGGCAAAGAAAGCCCAUAAGUGUUCCUACUGCAGCAAAUCCUUCAUUUUCAAGUCCUAUCUUAUCAUACAUGAGAGAAUGCACACGGGAGAGAGACCCUUCAAGUGUUUGGUUUGUGGUAAAAGCUUCAGUCAGAAAUCACACCUUAAUGUUCAUCAGAGAACUCAUGUGGGGAAGAAACCAUUCCAACGCUCUGAAUCCAGGAAAAGCUUUAGGGUGAGCUCUCAGCUUAUUUCCCAUAAGAGAACCCACACAACAAAGAAGCUGCACAACAACAACAACAACAACAACAACAGUAAUAGUACUAAAUGUUUGGAUUGUGGGAAAACUUUCAUAUCCAAAUCGUAUCUGAUCAUCCAUCAGAGAAUACACACAGGAGAGAGACCCUACAAGUGCACGGUCUGUGGGAAAUGUUUCAGCCAAAGCUCUCAUCUGACAGUCCACCAGAGAACCCACAAGGGAGAUAAGUUGUUCCCGUGUUCAGACUGUGAGGAAAAAUUCAGUUCCAGGAUGAAGCUUCUUAAGCAUCAGAGAAUCCACAUGAACGGGAAUCCAUUUAAAUGCUUGGACUGUGGGAAAUCUUUUGUCACCAAAUCACAGCUUGUGGUACACCAAAGAAGCCACACUGGGGAGAGGCCGUAUAAAUGUUUGGACUGUGGGAAAGGGUUCAGCCAGAGCUCAAACCUCAUUAGGCACCAGAGGAUUCAUUCGGGGGAGAACCCCUAUAAAUGCUCAGACUGUGGGAAAAGCUUCUGUUCAGGUGAGAACCUUAUUAAGCAUCAGAGAAUCCACACUUAAGGAAGCAAGAUCCUGAAUUAUGUGCUCAUACACUUCCAGAAGCCAUAAAAGUGUAUGGACUUAAACAACAGAUUGGAUUUUAUUAGUCAGUAGGUGGUGGUGAGGAAAAUAUAUCUGACAAAACACCAUGCUGCAAAAAGCUUUUUUUGAUUAUUACUCAAAAAUUUGCUGUUCACCAGUGAAGCCAUGGAGGAAUCAGCUGAGGUAAAUACAUUAGACAAAGGGAAGCAUCCCUUGUGAGCUCAGAUUUUUCUGUGCGUCGAAAAGGUGGAACUUGAGUCUGCAUCAGGUUUUGAACUCAGGGCAUACGGGAUGCUAGGGUGGUUUGACAGAUGCAUCAUCACCCUCUUCUGGCCAAAAUAGGGAAUUUCAAGGAAAACUGCUCGAACUUUUAAGAAUGAGCAACAGUGGGCCAAGUGGUGGUGUUUCUAGAGAAUUCUUAAAGCUUCCAGGUCACCAUCAGUAAGUUGCUCUCCUUGUGACAGAUUGCCUUGGCUCAUCUUUUGCACCCUCCUUCAUCAACCUAAGAGGAGCAGAGUCAGAAUCUUAGACUGGGUGGAGUGGGGUGGGGUCUCAUUGAAGCUGCCUUUCAGAUUAUUUGUCCAUCCAGCCCUUUAUUUUCUAUUCUGACUGGCUGCAGCAUUCCAAGAUCUUGAGAGGAUAAAGACUUUCCCAGCGCUUACGAAUAGAAGAGCCCAAGAAUAGUGUGCUGGAUCAAGCCAAUAGCCCAUCUAGUCCAGUAUCUUGUUCUCACAGUGGCCAACCUGUGAGAAACUGGAUAGCAAAACAUGAACGCCAUAGCAAUCUCCCCUCCCAUGGUUUCCAGCAACUCGUAUUCAGAAGCAUUGCUGCUUCCAACUGUGGAGGCAGAGCAUAUCCACCUUGACUAGUAGCCACUUGAGGCCAUUUUUUAAAAACAAAACAAAGCAAUGAAUUGGUCCUGGAGCCAUACAAAGCCAGGUUCUAUCCCUGAGCUCCAGGAAUCUUCCACAGCUACUGAAAUUUCUGCAUAUGGAACGGUGGUGCAGGAGAAAAACACUGCUUAGGUUUUAAAAUAUAUCUAUGUCAGAAAAUCCACAUGGGAGAGAAACACUCAGAUUGCCGCUGAAACUCUUGAGUAAACCUUGAGCAAACCUUGGAGUAAACCCUGGUGCUGUCAAGGAAUCUGUGCAAGACAGAAUGCUUUUUUUACGUUGUAUGAGGAACCGGACACCUUCUCUUAAAAAGGAGAGAGAGAAAUCCAGGCUGCUGACCAAUCUAGGGCUUUUAACCUUCCCCCCCCCCCCACGAUUUUUCGUUUUAUAGUAUUUUGUGGGUCUGUUGGCAGAGCGGACUUUCCGUUAUCCCAAGGAACAACCGAGUGGGCCCUCUCUGGCUGUGCAACUUGCUGCCAGGAGCAAGUCCUGAGUUACUUCCUUCCAAAUGACUGGAUUGUGGGAAUGGUGUGGGAAGACCUGUUUGUGUUAUGUGUGUGUGUGGGGGGGUGCUUGGCUCUCUGCUCCCACAGCUGAUGAUGGGAAAUCCUGUCUUUCUCAGUCUUUUGCACCAUGGCUGGCAGCCACCGUCCAAUCUCCUGCACAUACUUGCCAUAAGGCUAGCAGAGGUUACCCUGCAGAGAAAAGUGGACUAACCUGACUUGCUGUGAAUGUGUGCGUCCAGAAUUGCUCAGCUCCCAGCCUCUGUGGUGUGCACGUUCCUGCACAGGGCACAGGGCAUAGACAACAGGAUGCAUCAAAUGCCUAUACUUGAGGCGGUGGCCUAGAAUAGCGUUAGCCUCUUUUGCUGCUGCAUCACACUGUUGACUCAAGUUCAGCUUGUGGUCCACCAAGACCCCUAGAUCCUUUUCACAUGUACUGCUAGUAAGCCAGAUGUCCUCCAUCCUAUAUUUGUGCAUCUGGUUCUUCCUGCCUAAGUGCAGAACCUUACAUUUGUUCCCAUUGAAAUUCAUUUUGUUAGCCUGCGCCCGGUUCUCCAAUCUGUUGCGGUCAUUUUGAAUUCUGAUUCUGUCUUCUGCGCCAUUAGCUACCCCUUCCAGUUUGGUGCCAUCUGCAGAUUUGAUGAGCACUUGGGCUCCUUCCUCUGAGGGAUCAACAGCCGUUUGCUUCAGCUCUGCCCCCACUGCAAAUACAUGGGGCAAACCCAUCUUUGCUCUUUCUCCCCCAUAUCAUUUUUCAGAAAAGGGACAAAUUGACACAUCAGGGUGUGAGGUCAUAUCUGCACCGUCUAGUCAGGAGCUAGUAAUCACGUAUUAUGUCAGAUAAGCACUGUCCAGUCAGGAGCAAACCCACCCCCUCCUCUAUAGCAGAACAUAAUAACAGAACAGCCUUGGUUUGUUGUUGGCAUGUGCCUUUGGGGUAAAGUUCAAACCAUUGGAGAAUUACAGCACCUGCAGGAGAGACAUGUUUUAUUACACGAUGGCAGAUGAAAGUUAGGCUGAUGUAGGUGUACCAUGGCGUUUCACUGGCUACAGAAUUGCUUAUUUUCAACAACGACGUGUUUCCAGCAGUGUUUGCAGACCUCGAUGUUGCCCAGGUUGUACAUUUGGCAAAUAAUUUUUUGUGUGGAAAUACCUUUUUAUUCCUGCUGCAUUUCAAAUAAACACUUUCCUACAGGAUCAGAUUUUGCCCGGCCCAGGAAGAGGCAAAAGAGCCCAGAGCUAUUCAAUUUGACAAGCUCGUUUAUCUGAGCACCUUCACAAGCAGAGGUGGAUUUAGGGGAAUACGACUGGUUCGCCCGCACUGGGUGCUGAGCUGGGAAGGCGCUGCAUGCCCCCCCCCCAAAACAAUGACUUAGAACAUAGGGCAAGAGGCAGGGGCACCAAAUUUUGGUAUCAGUCAGGGCACUGCUCAAAUUUGAAAGCCUAAGGUCUGCCACUGACACAAGCUGGGACUGGAACACCAAGGUCAGAAAAUAAUGGGACUCGGAAGCUCAAACAUACCAGUCCAACUGCAGAACCAACAUUUUCUUACAGGUCUCUGUCCCAUCCAAGCAGACACUCUUCUGGAUUUCAGCUAAAGAAGAUGUCUUUCUGUCUCCCUCUUAAUGUGCAUUUACAGUUGACUGAUUGAUUGGAAAUGAUUCAUUUGCUAUUUGCAUUUUUGCCUAUCUGUGGAGUUGUUUUUUUUCUCUCUCUUUCCAACCUCCUCCCUGCCACAGCUGUUACCUGUUUUCCUACCACAGGAUGGGUAGUUUGAACUUGAUUUUUGAAGACGUCCACCUGUAUGGCUUACUUUAUAUUUCCAGAAGUAAAAUAAAAAAUGAGUUGGUUAUCUUCAUUUUUAAGACCACACUACAGAGUGCCGUGAUGACUACCUUUGUGGAUAUGAAUGUAUUCCCCAUUUCUGUUUGGUUUUGGUUUGGAAAAAAUACCAGUUGCCGUGGUUCCCAAACUUUCUGUGCCAUAUGGACCGCUUGAAAAUUGCUAAGAGUUGGUGGGCCACUUAAUGAUUUUGUUACCUGUUGUAGCAAUUGUAACCCACUGUGCUAGAUGCUGUGUAAUUUUAAAAGAACAUUUCCAUUGCUGCUUGGAUUUGUUAAAUUGUGCGACGGUUUGCAUCCAAUAACAUUCAAAUGGUAAUGCAAUAAAUUACAAUGCGACAAAUAAAAGCAGCAAUAGAAAUACAUUUAAAAGUCACUAUGAAAUUAACUUUGGGCAUGCCUGCCUGAAGCCUGCGGACCACAUUUUGGGAACCCCUGAUUUAUUGAAGUCCUGUGCGGAAUUGACCCACUGGACCAAAGUUAAGACAUGUUUCUUAAUUUAAGUGUCUCUACUCUGAGGUGUCAUCGAAACGAUAAAGCAGUAUCAUGCCGCUCCCCAAAUCCUGGGAGCUGUUAAGGGUGGUGAGAGUUGCUUAGGGUUGCCAUACGUCUGGAAUACCACAGCUGGACGCAGUGUCUGAGUGGAAAUCGGCUAAUAAUAAUAAUUAAUAAUAAUAAUAAUAAAUGUUGGGACGUAUGGCAACCCAUGUUGGCAGUGUUGUUGAUUAUCCUUAGAAAUGGCUCAAAAACUUCAUUUGUCAACUUUUGGUGAAUUUGCUUUAAAAAAAGGUCAACAUCCUCAACAACUUUUCUGUCCGGAUUUUCACUGUUUGAAAUAUGGCAAUCUUAGAGUUGUUUAGAGACCCUUAUUCCCCUCACGGAGCUCUAUUUUUUUAGAGUGGUCUAACAGGCAGUCUGUCUUCCUGGGGGUGGGGUGGGGGGAUAGAAAUCUGUCCUCCUGUCAGAGAAAUAUCUCCUCACUCGUCCUGCUUAAGUUAUUCCACCUUCUUUAGCAGAGUUUGUCUUUUCACCCAGUGAGGUGAAUGGCUCAACUGGAUAUAUAUGAAACAAAGCUUUCAUAGUAGAGAAAUGUAGCAUAGUAACAUGCUGACUGAGGGAAACGAAGCACUUUGAGGUAAGUGACAGUUGAACCCUUUUUUUAAACUGACAGCCUGAAGGGAGGGGCCAUUCUAGAGUACAGCAUGAAAGCCCCACCCACUAGAGGCCAGGUAUUCUGCUAAUCAAAUUAGGCUUCAGUGUUUUUCCUACAGAGAGCUCUUGUGAGGGGAAUAGGAGGCCUAACAACUCUUUAUAUAUAAUUUAUAUUUUCAGUUUUACAUCUCAAAAUAAGCAUUUUACAUGCUGUUAGAUAUCCCACGACUUCCGUCCUUCUAUUUCCUCCGUUCAUUUUAUUUAUCUUUCAUUCCUGCAUAUUUUGCUGUCGCCAUUUUAGUCUGUUAUCAACUUUUACGUCGCUCAAACAUUAAUUACACUGUUGAUUUUAUCUUAAGGCUGCCAGCGUUUUCAGCUGUGUACCGUUAUUUUCCAUAUCCUCAAUAAAUAUUUUCCAUAUAUGUUCUUCUUGCUUUCAUAUUCUAUAUGUUAAACCUGCAAGCAAUGCAUAUUCUACCAUCUUAUGUUGCUAGUCCUCUUUGCCUGGCACCUCGCUCACUUUCCAUUUUGGGGCUAACCAAACUCGGGCUGCUGUUGUUGCAUACAUAAAUAAAUUUUGUUGACACUCAGGGGCUUCAGUCUAGAUUUCCCCCAGCAAAAAGGACUCCGGUCUUUUGGGAAAAGUUAUUUUCAACAUAUUUUUUUUCAACAUAUUUCCCAAUAUUCUUUUACCUUUGUACAUGUCCACCACAUAUGAAAAAACGUUCCCUUCAUUUCUUUGCAUUUCCAACACGUAUCCAAUUCUGCUUCCUAACAGCUCUCGCCACCCUUACAAACUACAGCUCCCAGGAUUAUUCGGGGGAAGAAGCUAACGCCCACACAGAGGCCUGUAAAUAUGUAGGGUGACCCCAGCCAGCAUGGCCAAUGGUCAGGAAUGAUGGGAGAUGGAGUCCAGCAUCACAGAAUUGUAGAGAUGGAAGGGACCCUGAGGGUCAUCCAGUCUAACCCCCUGCAAUGCAGGAGUAUGCAGCUGUCUCCUACGGGGAUCGAACCUGCAACCUUGGCAUCAUCAGUACCACAUUCUAACCAAUGGAGGUAUCUGGAGGGCAUCUGGUUCCCCUCCCCUCCUGUAGAUAUGCUAACCUUGGGAAAAGUUUAUAUUUAUAUUUUAGUUCAGCGUUAUCACAGAUUGCUUUUAUUGUAAGACCUCGAUAUCUCUGAAAUGAUGGCCAGCAGAUUAGUGGCCCCAUUCUGAACAGCCUCGGCUGGUAUCUACAAAUGCCUGCCACAACUACACCUUACCUUGUGAGAGGCAGCAGGUACAAGUUACUUGUGAUUCUGUCAUGAAUUCUACUCAAUAUUGAUCCAGAGCAGAACUCGGUUGUAUAGUUAGCAGAGUAAAAACUUAAACACAUUGCAAGAUUCCCCAAAAAUAGUCCAGAGGCAAUGGUGUUUCAUUCAAGCACAGCUUUACUGCUAUGGAAGGCAAAUAAGCAUC